CGAAGAAUGGAUGUCAUUUCUUUGCUCUGGGAACAAGAAAAUUGCAAAGAGAUUAGUAAAAUUAAGACACUUUCCCACACAGAGAAUACUAGAUGAAAUAUGCCUACUAUUUGGAAGAAAGUCUAAUGUGACAUUGUUCAUCUGCAAUGCAAUUUGUGCACAUAUAAAAACCAAAGAUGAACAUAUCAUAGAUGUUUGGGCUGCAUAUACACUAAAACGCACAAACAGCAUUACAUUUGUUGUAAGUUUGCAAGAAGAAGAGAAAACGGGAAAGAAAGAGAAAGCUGAAAGUAUCCCCUUACACAAAAUGAUUAAUUAUUCAUUUAUAAAAAGAAGAGUAGGUGAAUACAGUUACGAAGGUACUGAAAUCAUAAACCACAAUGCUCCUGACGAAUACAUUGAUGCCGAUGCAUACUGCAAGCUACAAGACUGUGUCGCAAAAUAUUCCGUAGAACUGAUGAAGGAGCAUAGGUAUUUGUCUUUGGUAUCUGUUUGUUCUAAAAGAUCAACUGGUUAUGGCAGCACAUCCUGGGAACUGAAGCUAGGAAACUGCAUUGUUCUUUACGUUCACACAAAACAUUACAUUCCAAUCAACGAGGAACCAUUUAAACCACAUUAUGACGGUAUACCGGUUGAUGUAAGGGAAGGUGCCUUUAUUCCAUUCGGGCGAACUGCUGUAGAAUUCCUUGAACAUGUACAAAUGGGUUGCCAGAUAUGCGGGGAUAACAACGCCAAAGGGACUUUAGGGUGUUUUAUUGAUCAUCCACAAUACGGAGUUUGUGGACUGACAUGUGCACAUGUUUUAUUAAGUCCAUGGGAGCUCGAUUGGGUGAAAACAGUGAAAAGCGGUACCUCAAUUUGGCCAUUACACUCCUUUAGUAAAAAGGUUUACCAGCCUACCAAGCAGGAUUCUUCUAUUGGCCAUGCUGUUCAGCUUAUCCACAAAGAAGGCUCUGGAAACAACAGCGGAAUGGACCUUGCUCUUUUCAAACUUACAAGCAGACAUCCAAAAUCACCCGAUUUCCCUAAUGCAUCAGGAGUAAUGCCUGCAGGAAAAAUAAACUACGAACACUGGCAAAUUUGCAGCAUGGAUAGACUAAACUUACGGACGGAACGUGUCGUUAAAUUUGGAGCAAAAACUGAGUUUCGAAAUGGGGUAAUAGAAUUUGACAGGUUGUCGGUUAAACAUUUGAACUGUUCUCUUCAAAAUGAAUAUACAACAAUAACACUCCACAAGCAAAUAGAAGUCAGACCACAAAUAUUGAGCGUUGCUUUUGCAGAACCAGGUGAUUCGGGAGCACUAGUGUUUCUUGGUGGUGAAAACGACUCAGAGCACACCUGCAUAGGAAUUAUAGAAGGGGGAACAACAAAUGGAACAGUAGUUGUCACACCUAUUGUUGCCAUUUUAGAUGAACUGAAAGUUUCUAGUUUGAAAAGUUUUGAAGCGGAAAACACUAUAUCUGAAAUUCAUGGCAGAAUAGAAAACGUCGGAAAUGAAGUGCAAACAGUGAGAAGUGAGGUGCAGAAUGUAAGCACAAAAAUUAAUACAAUGGGUAGUAGCAUUAGUGGCAUGCAAGAGGGACAGCAGGCAAUAAGCAGCGACAUACAACACUUAAAACAAAUGGUAAUUGCUAUAUCCACUUCCCCUAAUACUCAACAAAGUACUGAUUCUCCAAAUAUUUGAGUCUUAUUGUUUUGGCGAAAAACAGAAGUUUUGUUCAGCAAAUAACAAUACAUGUUUUCAUUUUCAUUGUUGUUAUCCUCAUAUUGAGUCUUGUCAUUAGAAAUAUUAUUACUGCAGCUGACACAUAUGUCCGAAAUUAAAUGCAGUUUUUGCCAAAGACUCUUAUCGUUCCAUGCCAAUUUGACAAAAGUUUGUCUCAUCUCAUUUUAGACCUCAGUUUUGACAUGACGUGUCUUAAUGAAAUGGGUCAACGUAUGUUAAACAUGUUCUUGUUAACUACUUAGUAUGCUUUCCACAAAUAGAGACUUUUUUAAAUACGAUCAAAACGCCAGAGGAAAAUGCAAAAAUAGAACUUGUAACCUUGCACAAAAGAAUCCUGUCAUUAUUCCUUUAAUCAUAAUUCCUUUCUACAAAAUGAUGUCCGUUUAAAUGUCGGAAUUUUUACAGAAAUCCAUCAUCCGAAAAUUGAUCCAGUAAAUCCGCGACAGUGUUUCGAAAAAAUUCAGGUAGAAAACAGAAUUUUGCAUUUGAAACAAUUUCUUUAAUCACAGUAUUUUUCCAGAUGCAUUAUUUUAAAACGACCUUACGAUAUAACAACAGCACUAUAAUCUUGCAACGCUAAAAGUUAAAUUUACACAAUUUAUGACGUCACUAAAAUAUAUCGAGCGAUAAAAUGUAAGACCAAGGACAGUAAGAUGUGUGAGUUCUUAUGCCUGGGUAUCCAAACGGCAAUUCAGUUUUUAUUGAAGAUCAGUAAUGUCUAAAUACAAUUCUGUAACAAAAGAAAAAAAAACGAAAACAAAAUAAAAAGAAAAAAAAGCAGAAAAAAUGAUUGUUAAGGAAUGGUGUGUAAAAUUUUCGACCAACUAGAAUUACCUGUCUUUUACAGGUUGUAUCCGGGUUCGAGUGCUUGCAAUUAUUAACGACUGUGAAAGAUCAUCUUAAGAAGACAAAAAUAGAAAAGAACAACUUGACUCAUAUUUUAUUCAUGUUUACAACUUGAAAUUACUACUAGACAAAUAUAUGUAGACGGAUUUACAAUGCUAUUGCUUGCUAUGAUGUUUUACCGGAUGUAUGCGCAUUUAACGCGUGGUAAAAAGGCCGUUCCACAAUAAGUAAACCUAUAUAAAGUAAUCUUUAUAUUACAAAUUGUGUUGUCAUAAUAAAGAAGAAUUUGAUCACACAAUUUAGCGUGCCGAAUCCAUUGAUUAAAGAUAGAUAUGUUAUUAAUCAUAUUUUACCUGAGAAGCCGCUUUAUUCUUAUUUUCGUCAAAAAGGACAAGCAUUUUCCAUGUCUAUAUCCACUCUCACUUGGAAUAAAUCUGUAACCCCGUCGAAAAUAUUUAGUUUUUGAAUUUUUUAAAAUCUAUGCUUCAACUACUCUUAAUCAAACUUUUUUUUUUUAAUUAUUAUCAUGUAAACUUAUUGCGACAGGUUUUAAGCUCUGUCAGAUCACGUUAAGAAAUGUCCAUACAAACAUAAGCAUUUUUAAAUAUUUCUUAUUUUACUUCAACCUAAAUGUGCCGAGAUGAAAGAUCAAUAUUGCUGAAAAUAGGGUGUUGCCUGUUCAUUGUGAAUUCCCUAAUCAUCAGUUAUAAUGCGUAUUAGUUGAAGUAUCUCAUUUUAAAUGUUGUGGAUGUGCAAAGAUUUACGUAUUUUCCUAUGUCCUGCAGUGGUAGUUAAUUAUAAUAAAGACUCAUAUUGAUUGAAUAGAUUGAAAUGUGAUGUAACUUUAACACGGUUAUGUCUUUUUGCCUACGUAGAGUGCGCAUGCGCGAAAUGUUACCUCAUAUUGCCUUUAUUAGUGUCGACAUAAAUGUUCUAAGCUUCCCAAGCUUCCGUAUGUUUAUUAAAUGAAACUCCAUUAAACUUACAUGACUUUACAUGCGAAGAGAUGUACAUUUUUCUUUCUUUUUUUAUUUUUUGUUUAGACUCACAUCAACACAAUUUACGUCACAUGGCGACUUUUCCAGCUUUAUAAUUUUAUACGAACAAUAUAGAAAAUGAAUAAUUAAUAUUGGUUAGGCGAACUACUAGAUGUCUUCCUCGCGUGAAAAAUUCUAGUACUAAUUGUGGCAAGUGAGGCUGUUCUGUCAUUUUGGUCAAUUCAGUUCUUGAAUGAAAUGAAUAGAUGCGUUUCAUAGCAAUUUUUAUUCAAUGUAGCAAUUCUGAAAUCUUCGACGGUAGAGUUCUGUUAAACGGUUUUAAUGUUCAGAAAUUACUUAAACAUCGACGCUGUUUUUUUCUGUUUUUUUUUUCGGUUGUCAGUUUAACUAUCCCUUGUCAACAUUGCAUUCAUUGUAUUUAAGAGAAUCAGAAACGUUUCUUUACCAUAGCUACAAUUAUUUAAGUUUUAGAUUCUGACAAGAUUAUUUUUGUUUCGUCUCAGAAAGGAAGUUUGAGUUAAAUUUGAAAGAAACUAUUGACCGGAGCGUGCAAGGACCUAAUAUAAAGCACCAGUCAGUAUCCGCUAAAUACGGAACAAAAUCCCUGCGUAUUAAUAUCCGCAACCUUUCUGAAAUGACGAUAUACAGCUGUAACCCAUUUACUGGCACAUAAAUGAAAAUGAAUGAAAUGGUGUGCACCAUUAUGGUUUAAAAAUGAUAUGCAUUUGACUGGCAUUUAAUUGACAUCUAGAACAGUUUCUAUUACGAUUAAGUGAAAACAAGGCAAUCGGUAACACCGAUGGAUGCUUCUCAAAGGCGCGUUUCAGCCACGGAAGUUAUGUUAAGGAAAAUGUGUUCAGCUUUAACACGGCACUCCCUCUCACUGAUCUUUAUGAAUAUGUAAAGUAUGAAGUCAAUACCUUGCAUAAUAUUCGAGUUAUGCCCUGGACAAGGUUUUAAAAAAGGGAAGAUUAUUAAAAAAUGGGACCACCUAGAGUUAUAGUCCCUUGUUACUGCACUUUCUCCAAAUGAGUUCUAUCAUUGUAUAAAGUUACAACUUGGUAUCUUAAAUUCUUUUUGAGUUAUUCCCCAGACAAUAAAUGUCAAAAAGGACCUAGAGUUAUGUUUCCUUAUCCCUGCAUUCCCUCUCUUUGACCUCUAUCAAUAUGUUAAGUAUGAAGUCAAUGCCUUACGUAGUAUUCAAGUUAUGCCCCGUACAAGGCUGUCAGAACAGGGAGACAUUUCAAAAAUUCGAUUAAUGGUCCCUUGUCACUGCAUUUCCUCUUUCUGAUUUUUUAUCAUUAUGUAAAGUAUCAAGUCAGUACCUUACAUUGUAUUCGAGAAAGGUUUUAAAAAAGGGAGAUUUUUCAAAAUGGGACCAUCUAGAGUUAUGAUUCCUUGUCACUGCACUUCCUCUUAAUAAGCUCAAUCAUUGUAUGUAGUGUGACGGACGGACAAGCUUGCGACUAAAACAUUUUCAGACUAAAAAAGGUGCAACGGUAGUAAUUAAUUAAUGGAAAACUUAGAGCCCACUGUAAGUAAAUCCUACAAUUUUUCUUCGAAGUUUGUUUAAGUAAUAGAUAUCUCAAUUUGUGAUUUGUUGCUGAAUAAAAUUACUCUUUCGAGUUCAGAUGCGGAGGAAUUAUGUCACGAGGCCGCAUCUGAACGACGAACAAUGAUUUUAUUCAAGUGCAAAUCACUAAAUGAGAUAUAUUAUUUCGAUUCUAACACGUUUCCAAUGAUUUUACAGUAUAUCCUUGACGACAUUCAUUAAAUAUUUGCCUAUUUUCCGCUGGGUUUUUUUUUCCAGCGCGCCGCGUUGCCGUUUGGUGCUAUGACGUAAUAACUGUGACGUCAGAAAAAUGAAUUGUCGUAUAAUAACACACAGUUCUCAGUCUUCUUUGUGUAGAUCUAAUAGGAAAAUUAAUAAAUAAUUUCAUGUCUAUUAGGCCAAUUCAACGUUGAGUAAAACAGACGCCGCAAACUCUAAGCAAACCCCCAAAAUACGAAGGUAUGGUCGCCGCCAUCUUUGUAUAGAAAUCACGUCAUUUCAUCACGUAGAUUCCUCUAUUUAAUGAUUUUUAAAUUUCUUUUACAUUUUUUUAAAAAAAAAAUGAAAACUAUGUCUUGAGAUAUUGACUUUAAUAUUUACGAUGCUAUUUUACAAGCAAUAUACUAGUAAAUAAAUUAUCAGAGGUCCAAAAUUAGGUGAGACAAACGUGUGUGUUAUAUACCAAAACGGUUUUAGCUUCUAUAUGUAUCUAUCUUUUGCAUGAACUGAAUAACCAGCUGUGAGGCUCAGAAUAACAAGGAAGUGGUAAUUAUUUCACUUUUAUGUACGUAUGUAUAUAUCUAUUUGAAUGUAUAUCCAUGAUUGUUGCUUUGUAUACUUUUUAAAGCGAGCUUAUGCCAAAAUUGCAUAUAAAACAAUGAACAAUUACUACACACUAUCUAUGCAAACACGAAAACAAUAUGUUUCUGUGUAUAAAAACAUUUUUAUGUGUUAUAUAAAUAUUGUGUACACUUAUUGAAUAAAUAACCAGCCACAGUAUGAAUUUGUACUAGCACUUAAAAUUGGCAAUUGGUUUUAACAAAUGACUGCCACCAAAUAAUAUUUAACUAUAAUAUUAUCCCUGUGUACUGAUGAAGAUUUUCUACAUUUGAAGAUAAUAGAUGAAGAUAAAACAUUAAAGCGAAAGAUGCAUAUAGUAUAUCUUUAACUAUAAAAGUUUUGCACUACAACAUAAUCAAUUUGAUUCUUGUAUCUUUUGUAACUAAUUCAUUCAGAAUUAUUUUAAUUUUACUCGGCUAUCUCUUAAAAGUUUCUAUUGACCAAGAGUUUGUCAUAGAUAAAGUUAUUGCUUGUAACAAAUUAUAGAAUAUGUAAGCACAUUUUUACAGGUGUAUAGUAUUUAUGAAAAACAUAUAUGAGCCGCGCCAUGAGAAAACCAACAUAGUGGGUUUGCGACCAGCAUGGAUCAAGACUAGCCUGCGCAUCCGCGCAGUCUGGUCAGGAUCCAUGUUGUUCGCUUACAGUUUCUCUAGUUACAAUAGGCUUUGAAAGCGAACAGCAUGGAUCCUGACCAGACGCGCAGUCUGGUGUGGAUCCGUGCUGGUCGCAAACCACUAUGUUGGUUUUCUCAUGGCGCGGCUCAUAUAUACUUUAUCCCUUAUAACAGUGUUUAGCUUGUUCAUGUGCGUUAUUGUUAAAAAACUAUGAUUAAGUAAUGUAGCAAUGUGUAUCAGAUAAAAAACGGUUGGUAUUAUUUUUCCACGUCGUCAAAUAUCAGUGCAAUUGUACCGCUUUGCACUUGUUUUGUUUUAUUUAUACCCCAGUCACACAUACGGCGCGGAUAGCUACGUCUAGCCACGGAUAGAAACGUAGUAACCCGUAUCAAUUCGUACCAGUCCGUACGGCUCAGGUACGGAUCAAUACGGAUUACUACGUUUUUAUCCGUAGCUAAACGUAGCUAUCUGUACCGUAUGUGUGACUGUUGUAUAACAAGAUAUAAUGCCUUCAUUGAGGAUCUAUAACUUUUGUUUUAUAUGAUUUUUCUGUAUGACAGAACUAAAACUUCACACGAAUAAAUAUUUAUCUGACUGGUAUUAUUUAGUUUAAGAACAGAAAUAUUAAAUGUAUCUUUGUCUACUUUGUUGUUGGUCACUAGUUUAAGAAAAGAAAUUAAAUAAUUUUAUAAUGUAUUUUGUAGUGGAUAGAAACGUUGUUUAUUUUGUUGUUGUCCACUAGUUUAAACAACGCUGACGAUUGUUUUGUUUUAACACCAUUUUGAACACUGCUUCAGCCAAGAGUUCGCACUUGCUUUUAAAUUCCACACAGAGGGGAGAUGUAUUUGCUUUGUCCGAAGAUAAAAUUUGCAAUCCCCGCAUUGUUUUCUUUGCUGAAUUACCAAGAUGUGCUUACUAGAAAUUUCAUAAAAUGCUUAUAACACCCUAAACCUAAGGCAAAAAGCGUAAUUAUGUGAAAGCUCCGAGUGAACACUUGAUGCAAUACUUUUAUGCAUCUCAAGUGGAAAUAAAAUAUUGCAUUUGGUGUUCUUUCGAAGAAAGACAUUUAGAGCUUUCACAAACUCUUCUGAAGAAGUCAGUAAAUAUGUUUUGAAAGCUAUUAAUACAUUUCUGUAUAAAUGAACACUAUGUGAAAUACAUUAUCUGAUUUUAUUUAAAUGGAUUGUUUUGGAUUUUAAACGUGAUAAAUCUGAAUUAAGCAAACGUUUAUGCCUUAUUCGCUUUAUAGAUUUAUUCAAAGGACAAAAAGGUCCAAUUACAUAAAAUAAAAGAUCCUUAUUAGAAAUAUAUGAUUUCUUGGAUUUUAAUAAAGUUAAUAAACGUUUGUAAUUACACUUUUUAAUAUGAAAGUAUCUAAAAGGCUUAGUAUUUCUUUGAUUUCAAAAGAAUUUAUAGUUUUACAUUUCCAUUUGAUAAAUAUCAGGAAAUCUCAAAGGCAUGUUUUAAAACCGUGUGUAAUUUCGGGAUGUAUUUUCUCCCAUCUAUCUGGAUAGGAAAAAAAGAGGUAAUAAAAUUUAACAAACUUGAAAUUUAAUAAAUUUGCCUAGAUAUAUAAUUGUCACCGCAAAUCUUUAACAAAUGUGAUACAAUUGUUCAAAUACUUAGAUCAGUCCUUAUAGAGCAAAUAAUGAAACUUAUACUAAAGCUAUAGAAGUCUUUAUUUUACCUCACAUAAAUGCCAAAUGCAAAUUUCUCAUUAGUUUUAAUUUGAAAAUAUAUCAUAUCCCCAGUGAUAUUAUUACUCAUGCGCCAAAUCGUUAUUUUCUUAUUCUACGCAUUUGAUAUAAUCCGUCAUUUCAUAUCACAUGCGCAAUAGCGCUAUUAUGGUUUUCUGCGCAUGUGAUAUUAUUUUGUGAUGGCUCACCGUCCGGCGUCCGUCCGUCCACACUUUCCUUUAAACAAUAUCUGCUCUGAAAUCAUUAGGUGGAAGUUGAUAAAACAUGGCCUGGAUGUUCUUUGGAUGGUCCCCUUUAAAUUUUGUUCAGAGAAUUGAAUUCCACACAGAACAAAGAAACUUUAAAAAUCUUCUUGUUCAAAACCGCAAGACGUAAAGCCUCUAUACUUGGCAUGUGACAUCAUCUAAUGGUUCUCUAUGAAUAUUGUUCAAAGUAUGCCCCUGGGGUGAAAAGAAGGCCCGCCCCAGGGAGUCCCAAGUUUUAAAUAGACAUAUAGGGAAAACAUCUUCUCGUCUGAAACCAUAAGACCUAGGCCUAUAUUUGGUAUGUAGCAUUGCCUUGUGGUCCUCUACCCGAAUUGUUCAAAUCAUGUCCCUAGGUUAAAAGAGGCCCCGCCCCGGGGGUCCCAAGUUUUACAUAGACUUAUAUAGGAAAAAAACUUUAAAAAUCUUCUUGCCUGAAACUGCAAGGCCUAGGCUUUUGAUACUUGGUAUGUUGCAUUGCCUAAUGGUCCUCUACCAAGAUUGUUCAAAUUAUGUACCUGUGAAAAGAGGCCCCGCCCAAGGAGUCCCAAAUUUUACAUAGACUUAUAUAGGAAAUAAAUUUUAAAAAUCUUUUUGUCUGAAAGUUCAAGACCUAGGCCUUUGAUAUUUGGUAUGUAGCAUAACCUGAUGGUUCUCUAACAUGAUUAUUCAAAUUAUGUCCCUGGGGUAAAAACAGGCCCCGCCCCGGGGGUCACUUGUAUAUGAGUUAUACAGGAAAAAUACUUAAAAAAUUAUCUGAUCAUAUUUCCUAGACUGUUUAAUAUUUAUAAUUACCUGAUGACCCCAAGUCAUUAGGGGUCACUUGACAGUGACCUUGACCUAUUGACCUACUUUCUUGUUGUUUUUUUUAAGAUACAGCCUUGAAAUUCGGAUGACAUAUACAGUUAUGCACACCGAUCUUAACACUGACUUUCAGUGACCAUGAACGUGUCCUACUGACCUACUUUAUUAAAAUUUUAGCAUCAGUUUUAAACAUGUAGUCAUAUUACUCAGGUGAGCGAUCCAGGGUCAUCAUGACCCUCUUGUUUAUAUCUCCCGUUGGUUGAUAUGAUAGCCUAAUUUCGAACUGAUUUUAUAUAGUAUAAAAUGCAGUAUAACCUAAUGAUAUCUGUCAAUAAUGUAAUCAGUCCGAAUAUGAAAUAAAAAUAUUUUUGAUUUAAAUCCAACACAUAAUUAUGUUAAAAUACUGACUACAAUGAUCAAAAUUGCCGAGGCCCUUAUAUAUAUUAUAGGAUAAACUUACUUUUCUAGUGUUCAUAUGCGUGCAAACGCUGCCGGAUGAUUUGUUCUCCGUGCCAAACAUUUCGUAAAUAACAUUUUAAUAAAAUUUUGAUGAUUAUUUCAAUUUAUCGCAUAGUGCGGCAAUUUUCACUACAAAACUGUGCUGAUAUCUUACAAAACUGUUGCGAUAUAUAUCAACACGGAAAUCUCUAUGGAGUUUCAUAAGAAAAAAAGUGUUCCGAUAUAUAUCAGCACAGUAAAACUGUUCCGAUAUAUAUCGGAACACUUUUUCUCUAUUGAGGUCCUAUCAAGGGAGUAUAAUUUUUUCCUUUCAAAGAAAAGAUGUUUUUAGCUCCAAUUUACAGUUCACAGAGAAAGAAUUGUCACAAACACCUAUAUUUAUAAAGUAAAAGAAUAAAUAAACUAGAAUAUUUCAAAAACUUGAUAGUUAUUGCCAAAUUCAGAAAUACAUGAAAUAUAUGAAAUUCUGAGAUUUCUCAAAUGUUUCUUUUUCUUUGAUUUUUUUUACAAACAAAACAACAAGUUUUACAAUAUGUCUGGCCAAUGAAAUGCAAAGAUUUAAAACCAAUGCAGAAAUUUGUUGGGUACUUUUAUCUGGGGAACACAUUUUCUAAAACAGAAGUUUUAGUGUUUCAGUCAAUGAGGCGCAGAAAGGGAAUCAAAAUAGUAAAAAUAAUAAUAAACAAGUUUAAAUGAAAAUAAUAUAUAAAUUUUAAUGAUAAACUAUGCGAUAAAACAGUUAUAAUAUGUAAUGCUCGUGUGUUACCAGGAUAUAUCAGAGCUAGGGGUACAUCUCGUUAUUUUU